GCAAAUAAAGCGUGAACAAUAAAGCAUCCUUUGGUCGAAAGUCGCUUUGUUAUUUACAUGGUAAGUUGCUCUUCCACGUUUAGGUUAGAAGAACGAUGCGAUUACACGGCCGACGAAGGAACGAUAGAACUUCACGGAAAGUAAUGUGAGAGGCCAAUGAUCCGGUUCGCAAUGAUUGCGAAUAGCAUGUUUUCCUGAGAUCAGUUGGAAGUUGCUCAUACUAGUCAAAUUUUCUACUUAUCCCGACCCCCUUGAAUGAUCACUUUUGCUUGAAGACAUAACUGCAACGGAGUCUCUUAACCAGUCCGAGCUGCUUGUCGCUCUAUAGAUCACAGGAUAUGAUAGGCCAUUGUAUCACAUUACGUCAGAGUACGUACUAUCUACAAUAAGAGGACAUAAGUGCAACGGUACAAGCACCCAGUGCUAGGGUUCAAUCCUUGCGAUCGUCUUCACGGUCACGGAUUUCUUUCGGUUAAGUGAUAUACAGAUUUGUAGAACUUCCGUUGCUCAAACGUUCAAAGGCUGCGUGUUACUGACCCGUUAAGAACCUCAAUCACUUUUAGUCUUCACAUUUUAUUCGCGAGAACCAUGUCUUUUGUCGAAGAUAGUCAAGAGCCUUGGCAAACAACGCGACCAACCAUCAGGGAAAGAAUCAAGUUUAUGUUCAACAACGAUCGCUUCAGCGAUGUGAAGUUCGUUGUUUGCAAGAUGGAAGGUCAUGAAAGUGAAACUAAACAAGUGAUUCCUGCUCACAAGUUCGUGCUGUCUAUCAGCAGUCCCGUGUUUGAAGCCAUGUUUUAUGGUGAGUUGGCAGAAUCUAAAGACUCUAUUGAAUUGCCUGACUGUGAAUACGAGAGUCUGUUGGAGUUGUUUCGCUUCAUAUACAGCGAUGAAGUCAACUUGAGCGGAAGUAAUGUGAUGGGAGUGUUGUAUCUGGCAAAGAAAUACAUGGUGCCCUCACUGGCUAAAACGUGCAUGGCUUAUUUGGAAAAGAACUUAGAUCCAUCAAACGUAUUCAACAUUCUGCCAUCUGCUGAAAAAUAUGAAGAGAGGAUCUUAGUGGAACAAUGCUGGAAAGUGAUCGAUGAUGAGACAGAAGCAGCAAUAAAAUCGGAUGGAUUUGCGGCAAUUGAAAGAUCACUAGUCGAAGCAGUAGUCAGACGAGACACCUUAAAAGUUAAAGAGGUGGAUUUGUUUAAAGCUGUGGAUUUUUGGGCAACGAAGAAGUGCGAGGAAAAAGGCCUUUCCGCUGACGGAAGUGAAAAGAGACGAAUUUUAGGAGACAGGAUUGUGAAAGGAACACGUUAUCCCGGGAUGACGUCGCAAGAAUUUGUUGGCGUUGUUCUAGACUGCAAGAUACUGACGCAAGACGAGACCAUUGGCAUAAUGAAAUAUUUACAUUCAUUGUUGGAUACUGUACUUGGAUUUCCAGUAAACAACAGAACUGGUCGUAAGGGACUCGUUUAUCACUGUAGUAGAUUUGGUUCGAUGGAUGAAAGUGGAGCAGGCAUUGUUCGUACUAGCUCAAAAGAUGACUGUCUCAAAUUCACAGUCGACAAGAACAUUUCUUUGCGUGGAGUAACCCUCUGUGGGAGUGAAAAUAGCAAAUAUUUCGUAACUGUAAAAGUGAAGAAAGAGGUCAGCGGUAAAUUGCGUGUAUCAAAGUCAGCCGAGGUUAAUUCUGAAUUGAUCAGAUCAGGGCCAGUUCCUUAUUACGGGUUCAGAGUUAUGUUCGAAAGCCCUAUUUUUAUCGAAAACGGUUUUGUCUUUUUGAUUGAAAGCUCUAUCUCUGGCGCUAGCACUUGUUUUGGAAAAAGUGGAAAAAACUCUGUGAUUUCUUCCGGAGUAAAAUUUAACUUCUUAACUUGUUGUUCGAGAAAAGGAACAACCGUUGACGAAGGUCAGUAUUCAGAAUUUUUAUUUUCGGUGACAUAGUCUGAGCCUUAAUAACAGGAUGAAUAUUCUCUAAAUAGCAUCUUGACGUUUUUUUUUUUUUCUUGAAUUGGUGAUGUAUGUUUUCCGCGGUUUACAAAACAUUUAGGAGCUUAAACUUAGGUUAAAUUUUGUGGCAAACCGUGUUAGAAACAAAAAGUCCUUAAAUGAAACUGACCAAGUUACACUGUAGCAAGCUGACUUCUAGGGCAGGGAAAGCGUGUUAUAUUUUAUUUCGCGACAACCUAACUUGAAAAACAGCUUCAGCUUGGGAGCGGUAGCUUGGGCAGUCGCAAAAGGUCCCCUACACAUGAGAAUAUGGACCGAUACCGAUACCAACUAUUCGAUACCAGCGAUAUCGGGGUCAGAUCGGAAAAUAUCGAUACAUGUACUAGCGAAAAAAUACCGGUGCUUUCGAUAUUGCACGUGCCCGUGCUUUGUCUCACGCCAGCGUUCAACCGCUGACGAUUAAGGAGCCGAGAAGUCUCUGAGCUCGAGAUUGGGCAAAGAGCACCGCAGUCGGUAUCAGUCUAAGUGGCAUGUGAGCGCUGCAAGAGUAAACUCACUCACGACCAUGAGUUUCGACUUAAGUACGUCCUUAAUCCGAUUUUAAAUUUUUGACUGCCUUAUUGACGCUUCUAUAGAGUUCUGAACACUGUUGAACUUUAACAGUGAAAGAAAACCUAAUAUUCCGUCAAUCACGUGACUUUUUAUUUGACUCAAAGACGUCACAGUGUCGAUAUCGAUACCCAAGAAAAACGUCGGACGCCGUAUCUUACUUGGUAUUGUAUCGUUUCCGAAUAACCACAUCGGCCCACCCUCAAGAAUAUAUAUGAGAAAAUUUAGCAAAAGCAGCAAAUAUUGAUCACUGAUGAUUGACAGCGAGACACAUCUUUUAGAUUCUAAUUUCUAGGGAAAUUCAAUUGCAUCAAUUGCAUUAUUUGCCAUCUAGGGUCGGCUUUCUGUAAUGACCACGAGGAUCUAUGAUGCCACUUAGGCGAGGAAACUAUUC